CAAAUUAGUAAAGGCUAUAAAUUCUCUAGCGGGAUAUGGCGUGUGUCUAUACAAUAGAGAUAGAGAAGUGCAAAUGGCAGAAGCAGCUAAACUUCAAGUUAUCGACCUCUCCUCACCUCAUAUUUCCUCCGUCGCCGAUUCAAUCCGUCAGGCAUGUGUGGAGUAUGGUUUCUUUUACCUUGUGAAUCAUGGAGUCGAGGAAGAGUUGAUAGCGAGAGUUUUUGAGGAAAGCAGCAAGUUUUUCUCCCUCUCCUUAGAUGAUAAGAAGAAAUUGCUUCGCAAGGAAUACAGAGGUUACUCGCCAUUGUUUGCAGAAAAUCUCGAUCCAUCUUCCCGCCCUGAAGGCGACUCAAAAGAAAGCUUCGAUAUUGGUAAUUUGGAGAAAAGCAACCUCAACCAGUGGCCCUCAGAAGAAGUUCUCCCGCAUUGGAGAUCCACAAUGGAGGCUUACUAUUGCAAAGUUAUGUCUGCUGGAAAAAGACUGUCAUCUUUAAUGGCUCUGGCUCUGAACUUGGAAAAGGAUUAUUUUGAGAGAAUAGGAGCCUUGGACAAACCAGAAUGCUAUCUUCGCCUCUUACAUUAUCCAAGUGAAGUUGUACAUCGUGAGGGAGAAAAUAUGGGUGCUUCAGCACAUUCUGACUAUGGAAUGAUUACUCUUCUGCUGUCUAAUGGUGUGCCAGGACUUCAGGUUUGUAAGGACAAAUUUAAGGAACCACGGAUCUGGGAAGAUGUGUUACAUGUGAAUGGGGCCUUCAUUGUUAACAUUGGGGACUUGAUGGAGAGGUGGACCAAUUGUUUGUUUGGGUCUACAUUACACAGAGUAAUUCCAACAGGACAAGAACGUUUCUCUCUGGUGUUCUUCUUAUUUCCUGACCCAGAAUGCAUUGUGCAAUGCUUGAAAAGUUGUUGCAGUGAAUCAUGUCCGCAGAGAUUUCCUCCUAUUUGCAGUGGGGAUUACCUAGAAGAGCGUUUUGGGCUGACAUUUGGCUCGAAAGUUGAUUAAAGCUUGAGGCAGUCUUUACACAUUCAACUCCAAGUGUGGAGUUAGAAAAUCAGUUGUUGUCUGUCCAGUGUUGGAAUAAAUGUCAGUAUAUGACUGGAUCUACGAUUAUAUCCCAAACAGUCUUCUCUUUUCUUAAGGGAAUAGCCCAAACAGUCUUAAUAAGAAAGGUUUAUUUGUCCCCA